AACAAUUGACCUCUGUCCCUGGAGGCUUCCGACUUCCGCGCGCGGACCCCUCCCGAGCUUGCGAACCCUGUGAGAUUCCCAAGGAGGCUGCGGGUGAGUGCAGCUGAGGCAGAACAGGGCGGGCGCGACUCCCGCAGGGUUGGUCAGUCCCCUCCUGCGCCCGCACCUGGGUAAAGCCGCCGCCCCAGCUCAGGUCGCUCCACAAGCACGGCCGCCCGCAAGACCCGGACGGGAGGACUCCGCGACUCCGCUGCUCCGGGCUUUACGCAGCUCCGGCUCGGGCAGCGCGGGCUCCGAGGACCCCGGGCGAGGACAAAGGGCGCGAGUUGGCUGAAUUUCUAGAGAAAAAAAGGACGCCUCUCUCUGCUUUUGGAUCCUGGCACGUUGCCCCUAGGAUGUCAGUGGAUCGAGUUAUAUAUAAAUGAAAGUAGCUGCGGAGAGCCGCCCUCUCCUGUCUGGGGCUGAGCAGAGGCUGCAACCCUUUCCUCCUUGCUGCUCCGUUUACCUCCACGUCGGGCUUUGUGUGGAGGCAGCCCUUCUCGGAAGAACUGAGAUGCCAUUUUAACCAGAAGCCUCCAUCCUCUUCUUUGUGCUGUGGAGAUGGGCAAUUCCUAUGCUGGACAGCUAAAGAGCACGCGGUUUGAAGAGGUCCUCCACAACUCCAUCGAGGCUUCCCUGCGCUCCAAUACCCUAGUGCCCCGGCCCAUCUUCUCCCAGCUGUAUUUGGAGGCUGAGCAGCAGCUGUCCUCCUUAGAAGGCGGUGGACGAGCGGACAACGAGGAAGAAGAGGAUGAAGGAGAAGGGGGCUUAGAACCCAGUAGUCCUUCGAAUGCCUACCAGCUGCCCCCUCCUCCUGAAGGCUGUUGCACCACAGAUGGCUUCUGCCAGGCUGGGAAGGAUCUUCGUCUUGUCUCCAUUUCCCAAGAACCCAUCGAGGUCCCCGCAGGCUUCCUCCUCGUUGGGGCCAAGUCUCCCAGCCUGCCCGACCACCUCCUGGUGUGUGCAGUGGACAAGAGGUUCUUGCCUGACGACAACGGCCACAAUGCUCUGCUUGGUUUCUCUGGGAACUGUGUUGGCUGUGGGAAGAAAGGCUUCUGCUACUUCACCGAGUUCUCCAACCACAUCAACCUGAAGCUGAGCACACAGCCCAAGAAACAGAAGCACCUCAAGUACUAUUUGGUCCGGAACGCACAGGGAGCACUGACCAAAGGACCAUUGAUUUGCUGGAAAGGCUCAGAGUUCAGAAGCCGGCAGAACUCCACCAACACCUGUCCCAGUUCUCUGUUCCCACCGCUGGACAGCUCGGGGUCUCUGGCUGCCUUCCCCAGUGAUCCUGUUCCUGGGACAAACCCCAACAUCGCAGUGGGAGCUCAACAGGCAGGUCUGGCCUCUGAUCACCCCUCAGUGACCACAGCAACAGGUCCCACUGUCUUCAAUGGCAAAGACUCCCCCAAACAGCCACAGCUGGCAAAGAGUAGCCUGUCUGCCGUGCCUCGUCCCUCAGCCUUAGGUAUCUUGCCAAACUCUGGGCCUCCCAAAAAACGACACAAAGGUUGGUCCCCAGAGUCUAAAUCAACCACGGACAGUGGCUUCCCUCAGGGUGGUGGCAACAGAACUAAGCAAGAAGGUACCAGCGUACCCUGUGUGCCCCAGCCUGGCUUGGUGGGACCGGCUUCAGUCACCUUCCCAGUGGUGGCAUCCGGUGAACCAGUGUCUGUCCCAGACAACUUGCUGAAGAUCUGCAAGGCCAAGCCGGUGAUAUUUAAAGGCCACGGGAACUUCCCGUACCUCUGCGGAAACCUGAAUGAUGUGGUCAUCAGCCCCCUGCUGUAUACUUGCUACCAGAACUCCCAGUCGCUGUCCAGGGCCUACGAGCAGCACGGUGCCUCCACCAUGCAGCCCAUAUCUGAGGAGACGCAACUGUUGCUGACUGUCUACUACCUCGUCCAGCUGGCUGCUGAUCAGGUGCCUCUGAUGGAGGACCUGGAGCAGAUCUUCCUGCGCUCCUGGCGUGAAUCACAUCUGACGGAGAUCAGGCAGUACCAGCAGGCGCCUCCACAGCCCUUCCCACCAGCCCCUAACACUGCAGCCCCUGUGACUUCUGCACAGCUGCCCUGGCUGGCAGGACUGGCUGCCAGCUCUUGCAAUGACAGCGUGCAUGUCAUUGAGUGCACUUACUCCCUGGCCGAGGGUCUCUCCGAGAUGUUCCGGCUGCUCAUCGAGGGUAAACUCUCUAAGACCAUCUACGUGGUCAUCAUCUGCGCCUGCAGGAAUGCUGCCAUCGACUCCUGCAUCGCCGUCACUGGGAAAUACCAAGCUCGGAUUCUUUCCGAAAGCCUCCUCAGCCCUGCGGAGUACCAGAGAGAAGUCCACUAUGAGCUGGUCACGGGCAAAGUGGACUCCCUGGGAGCCUUCUUUAGCAGCCUCUGCCCAGAGGGUGACAUUGACAUUUUGCUGGACAAAUUUCACCAGGAAAAUCAAGGCCAUGUCUCGUCCUCAUUCACUGCUUCCUCUACCAAGAAAACAGCCGCGCUGGAUGCCAGUGGGGUUCCCGUGUGCACAAGUUACCGUCUGGAGCCACCGGGCGUCAGGCCCUUUCAGCUGGCAGUGGCACAGAAGCUCCUCUCGCACGUAUGCUCAAUCGCAGAUUCCAGCACCCAAAAUCUGGACUUGGGGUCCUUCGAGAAGGUGGACUUUCUCAUUUGCAUUCCACCAUCAGAAGUGACCUAUCAGCAGACCGUGUUCCAUGUCUGGCAUUCAGGGGUUCUGCUGGAGCUGGGCCUGGAAAAAGAGCCUGUGACCAAGCAGAGGGCGGAGCAACACGUUCUGAAACUAGACACGGAGGCCCAGGCAAGAUUUAAGGCCUUUCUGCAAAACUCCUUCCAGAACCCACACACGCUCUUUGUCCUCAUCCACGACCACGCCCACUGGGAUCUAGUGAGCAGUGCUGUUCAUAACAUCUACUCCCAAAGUGACCCCUCUGUGGGAUUAGUGGACAGAUUGCUCAACUGCAGGGAGGUGAAAGAAGCACCCAACAUCGUGACCCUUCACGUGACCUCUUUCCCAUAUGCGCUACAGACCCAGCACACCCUCAUCAGCCCCUACAAUGAGAUCCACUGGCCCGUCUCCUAUAGUAACGGUGUGGACCUGUAUCAUGAAAAUAAGAAAUACUUUGGGCUCUCAGAGUUUAUUGACUCCACCCUGUCAGGGCACAGCCUCCCCUUGCUCCGAUAUGACAGCUCCUUUGAGGCCAUGGUCACUGCCUUAGGAAAAAGGUUCCCCCGCCUGCACAGCGCGGUGAUCAGGACCUUUGUUCUUGUGCAGCACUAUGCGGCCGCCAUGAUGGCUGUGAGCGGCAUCCCACAGAUGAAGAACCAUACUUCAGUGGAGACGCUGGAGAUCACCCAGAACCUCCUCAACUCUCCGAAGCAGUGCCCCUGUGGCCACGGGCUCAUGGUCCUACUGCGCGUUCCCUGUUCGCCCCUGGCAGCUGUGGCCUAUGAGCGGCUGGCCCAUGUGCGGGCACGGUUGGCUCUGGAGGAACACUUUGAGAUCAUCCUGGGCCACCCCAGCUCCAGCAUCACUGUGGGCAAGCACUUUGUGAAACAGCUCAAGAUGUGGCAGAAGAUCGAGGAUGCGGAAUGGAGGCCCCAGACCUACUUGGAGUUAGAGGGCCUGCCCUGUAUCCUCAUUUUCAGUGGGAUGGACCCUCAUGGGGAGUCACUGCCCCGGUCUCUGAGAUACUGUGACCUACGUCUAAUCAAUUCCUCCUGCCUGGUGAGGACAGCCCUGGAGCAGGAACUGGGCCUGGCUGCCUACUUUGUGAGCAACGAUGUCCCCUUGGAAAAGGGGGCCAAGAACGAGGUCUUGGAGAGUGAUGGGGAGAAGUUAAGCAGUACGGAUGAAGAUGAGGAGGCAGGGGUGGAAGGGUGUUUUGAUGCAGGCUCUACCUCAGAGAAGAGGAGCCCCAUGAAGAGGGAGCGCUCCCACUCCCAUGACUCAGCAUCUUCCUCCCUCUCUUCCAAAGCAUCUGGCUCAGUGCUCUAUGGUGAGUCCCUGGCUCAGCUCUCAGGACCUCCACAGGGAGAGCCUGCCAGGUCACCUCCACCUUGUGGCCCUGCAGAAGAGGGCAGGACCCCUGGGGAGAUACCGCGGCUCCGAGGGAGUCAGGGACCUACGGUCGUCAGCAGGCACAGCCCUGGGCUGGCCCCACAACCCGAUUCCAGCCUCAGGACUGGCCAGAGGAGCCUGCAGGUGCCAGCCGCCCCAUCCUCCCAGCUGUCCUCCUCCUCGGGCUCAUCGUCCACAUGUGCCGUGCCCACUGCCAAUGUACUAGUCCUCCAGGCCUCGCAGUGCUCCAUGGCCAAGGCCUGCCGGCAGCCACCCAUCGUCUUCCUGCCCAAGCUUGUGUAUGACAUGCUCGUGUCCACAGACAGCAGCGGCCUGCCCAAGUCUGCCUCCCUCCUGCCUUCCCCCUCCGUCAUGUGGACCAGCUCCUUCCGGCCCCUGCUGAGCAAGAUGAUGACAUCAACUGAACAGUCCCUCUACUACCGGCAGUGGACAGUACCCAGGCCUAGCCACAUGGACUAUGGCAACCGAGCCGAAGGCCGUGUGGACAGCUUCCACCCCCGCAGGCUGCUGCUCAGUGGGCCACCUCAGAUAGGGAAGACGGGUGCCUACCUGCAGUUCCUCAGUAUCUUGUCCAGGAUGCUGAUUCGACUGACAGAAGUGGAUGUUUACGAUGAAGAAGAGAUCAAUACCAGCCUCCCGGAGGAAUCAGAUUGGCAUUACCUCCAGCUCACUGACCCUUGGCCAGACCUGGAACUCUUAAAGAAGAUGCCUUUUGAUUACAUCAUUCAUGACCCGAAGUAUGAAGAUGCCAGUCUGAUUUGUUCACAUCACCAGAGCAUCAAGAGUGAAGACAGAGGGACUUCCCGGAAGCCGGAGGACCUGUAUGUGCGGCGUCAGACAGCACGUAUGAGACUAUCCAAGUAUGCAGCAUACAACACAUACCACCACUGUGAACAGUGCCACCAGUACAUGGGCUUCCACCCCCACUACCAGCUCUAUGAGUCCACCCUGCACGCCUUUGCCUUCUCUUACUCCAUGCUAGGAGAGGAGAUCCAACUCCACUUCAUCAUCCCCAAGUCCAAGGAGCACCACUUUGUGUUCAGCCAACCUGGAGGUCAACUGGAGAGCAUGCGUUUGCCCCUCGUCACAGACAAGAACCACGAACACAUCAAGAGCCCAACCUUCACCCCGACAACGGGCCGCCAUGAGCAUGGACUCUUUAAUCUGUACCAUGCGAUGGAUGGGGCCAACCAUCUGCACGUGCUGGUGGUCAAGGAGUACGAAAUGGCCAUUUAUAAGAAAUACUGGCCCAACCAUAUCAUGCUUGUACUCCCAAGCAUCUUCAACAGCGCCGGAGUUGGGGCUGCCCACUUCCUGAUCAAAGAGCUGUGCUACCACAACCUAGAGCUGGAGAGGAACCGGCAGGAGGAGCUGGGGGUCAAGCCCCAGGACAUCUGGCCAUUCAUCGUCAUUUCCGAUGAUUCCUGUGUGAUGUGGAACGUGGCCGACGUGGACUGUGCGGGAGAACGGAGCAGGGAGUUUUCCUGGUCUGAGAGGAAUGUCUCUCUGAAGUACGUCAUGCAGCACAUUGAGGCCUCCCCCAACAUCACACACUAUGCCCUGAUCGGCAUGCGGAAGUGGACCAGCAAGACAAGGGGCCGCGAGGUGCAGGAGCCUUUCUCCCGAUGCCACGUGCACGACUUCAUCAUCCUCAAUGUGGAUUUGACCCAGAAUGUGCAGUACAACCAGAACCGGUUUACGUGUGAUGAUGUAGAUUUCAACCUUCGCGUGCACAGUGCAGGCCUCCUGCUCUGCCGGUUCAACCGCUUCAGCGUCAUGAAGAAGCAGAUCGCAGUGGGCGGGCACAGGUCCUUCCAUAUCACAUCCAAGGUAUCCGACAGCUCUGUGGCCAUUGUGCCGUCCCAGUACAUCUGUGCCCCAGACAGUAAGCACACGUUCCUGGCGGCUCCUGCUCAGCUCCUACUGGAAAAGUUCCUCCAGUACCACAGCCACCGCUUCUUCCCGCUGUCCCUGAAGAACCACAGCCACCCCGUGUUGUCUGUGGACUGCUACCUUAACCUAGGACCUCAGAUUUCUGUUUGUUAUGUGAGUUCCAGGCCCCACUCCCUAAACAUCAGCUGCUCUGGCGUGGCAUUCAGUGGGCUCCUGCUGUACCUCUGUGACUCCUUCGUGGGGGCCAGCUUCUUGAAGAAGUUUCAUUUUUUGAAAGGAGCCACCUUGUGUGUGAUCUGCCAAGACCGGAACUCACUCCGCCAGACCGUGGUCCGCCUGGAGUUGGAGGAUGAAUGGCAGUUCCGGCUGCGGGAUGAGUUCCAGACAGCCAACGCCAAGGAAGACAGGCCACUCUUUUUCCUCACUGGACGACAUAUCUGAGGGGGCAGGGCUGGAAGAACUCCUGAGAGUGUGGGGUCGUCAGGACCCACCUGCCGCUGAGGCUGGUGAAGGUUUCAGACCAAAGGCUAUAUGAACUUGGUCAUGCACAGACUCUUGUGACACAUGUCACAAUGUCCUGUGCAGAUAAUGACUUAAAGCUACAGCCACGAGUCCUUGAUGGCAAGAAAACUGAAGACUGAGCCAGUCCACAUGCCCUGGGCUAUCUUGAAGUUUGUUUUAUGAAGAAUGAAAUUUGAACUCUGCUGUCAUUUAUAUUCUUCCACGGACAAACUUGACCUGCUCUAGAGAAUCCUGGGUCGUCUUGUCACAGUGCCUGUGACUAUGAUUUCACAUAGUAGGUUUCCCAUGACUCCCUCUAGAGCAAUAUUCCAAAGGAACAUUUUAACUGUAAAGGCCGGAGACUAGACAAAAGGAAUAAGAAUUAUUUAACCAUCUCCAAGUUUUCUUUGCAGAAGCUAGCCCAAAGGCAUCCAGUUUAAUAUGAUAAAAUGAAUUGCUUUACUUUAGAAAAAAAGGGACUCUUAAAAUAAUACAGGGUAAAUACCCUACCUCUUAGAAAGGGCAAAGUGGAAAAGAAGUUUUCUUACAAACCAAAGGACUUUAGGGAGGGAAUUAGGAUUGUCGCAGUGGACUGAGGAUUUACCUUCCGAAGGAAAGAGGACCAAAUUGCUUACAUGAUAAAAAAUAAUGAAAGCCAAAGUUAUGUACAAGACAGUGAAGAGGGCCGGAGCGACGGCUCAGCAUUGUAAGUGUGCUUGCUGUCCAGUCGUGAGGACUGGAGCUGGGAGCCCAGCACAUAGAGGGCAAGCCACGCGUUCUGCAAAUGCCUGUAAUUCCAGCUCAGAGGGACCCAAUGCUCUCCUCUGACCUCUGUGUGUGCUCAGGCCUGUGUGCAUGUGCGCGCACACACACACACAGAGGGGAGAGAGAGAGAGAGAGAGAGAGAGAGAGAGAGAGAGAGAGAGAGAGAGAGAGAGAGAAUCUUA